AUGGCUGAGAACAUUACGCGCAUAUUCCGUCUUCUUUUGAACUACAUGGGAGAAAGCGGCAUUGACAAGCGGGUCGAAUUCGUCCUGCGGAGGAUCUUCACCGUUUUUGGGUAUGUCAAAAUAUACUCCAAAUUCGACAAGUUUAAAUCGGCGAUCCUCAGCGUUAAGGAGGAGUCCCCUCUUAGGGCGAUUGAAAUUUUCCUUGACGACCCUGAGCGACCGGUCGUCUUUGCUUAUCAAGGCUCUGGUGAGAGUCUUAUUGCUUCGUGCGAUUGUCCAGCAUCGGUAGCUCAAAUCAAGAAGAAGGUGCUGGUGAUCUGUAGGGCAAAGGCCGGAGUGGAGAUCUCCAUGGACAACAUAGUGGAGGCCAUCCUUGUGCAGGAGCUGUCUAAGAAGCUACUUGAGAAUAUGAACCUCCUGCUGAAUGGCGCGUACGCCUCAACUCUGUCGAAUCCUCUGAAUCAACGAAGUUGGUCUGAUAUGGUCUCAAAAGAUCUUUUGGGAAAGUUCCAUACUUUUCUAUCAACACUGCAUGUCACUUACGGUCUUAUGGAAGGAAGGACGGUGCUGCCGCUACCAGCUAAGGAGUCUAUGCAGCCGGCGCCGCCUUCAGACGAUCCUGGUGGGCAAGAAUCGAUCGCGAAAGAUAGAGUUCAUGCUCUUGAGGGCUCUCUCAUCACGUGGACAAAACAAGUGAAACACGUGUUGAAACAGCAGCCUGAAGACGCGCUGAGAGAUCCUACUAAGAAUCCGGAACCGCUGGUUGAAGUGCAGUUUUGGAGAGUCAAGGCGAACAACCUCAACUCGGUUCACGACCAGUUAGGAGCAAAAGAACUGCAGAGAGUCAUUGAUAUCUUGGAUGAAAACAGAAGCACAUAUGUGGGGCCGUUUCGAAGGCUACAAUCGGAAGUCCAAAGGGCUCGAGACGAGGCGAAUGAUAAUGUCAAGUUUCUGUCGUCGCUGACUAAGUACUUUGAGAAGUUGAGCAGCGAUGGUAUGGACUUUGCCGAAUUGGAGAAGUUGUUCGAUCCGAUCCUACAUACGAUUUUACUCAUCUGGAAACAUUCAGGAUACUAUAACACGCCCGGAAGGCUUGUCGUACUAGUGAGGCAAAUUUGCAACAGUAUAAUCCUACAAGCCUGUCGGUUCAUCAACGGUCCGCAAGUGUUCGCUAUGGUCAGCAAUGAGGAGGCGAACGAAGCUGUGGAAAAAUUGGAAAAAACUCUGAAUUUUUGCACCGCUUUUCGCGAUAAGUACUUUUUUUACAAAAAAGUUGCUGAUGGUCGGUGUGGCGAGGAAAACGGUUGGCGAAUUCAGCCGCGAGCUCUUUUCGUGAGGCUAGAUGCGUUUCGGGCGAGAUGUCGCGAUAUACUAGAAUUCACCAGGACUAUUGUGCAGUUUUUCAAACUGGAGAGAGUUGAAAUCGGCGGCACCAAGGGAGGUCAACUGACAGCAUCAAUUCAGCAGAUUUUCGAGGAGUUCAAACACACAGUUGAAGUUUUCCAAAGUGUCACUUAUGAUAUUAUGGAUGUUGGUGCGCGCGGCUUCGAUAAUGAUUUUUAUAUUUUCCGAUCGUCGGUGAGAAAUCUCGAUCAACGGUUGGGUUCGAUAUUAGGAAAUGCAUUUGAAGAUCUUGAUGCGAUUCCUGGACGUUUGAAAUUGUUCGAUGCAUUUGAGGGCCUUCUAGAGAGGACCAUCUUACUUGACGAGCUCACAAAGCGAUUUAGUAAAUUGUUGGCGCAGUAUCAUGAGGAUCUGAACGAAGUGCAGAGGAUAUAUACGGAAUAUAAAGUGAAAAUAAUUUCGGCGACCGACGAUGCGCCGCUAUAUGAAAAUAUGCCUCCCGUUGCUGGAGCCAUUUACUGGGCGCGAUCACUCCGUGACAGAGUGGCUGGGCCUAUGCCGAAAAUUCGAUUCUAUAGUAAAAUGGUCAAGGAGAAACCCGAAAAUUUCAAGGAAGUAUAUAGGUUGCAUUCGACUCUUUGCAAAACGUUGGACGAGUUCGAGGAGCAGAUGUUCGAAGCCUGGGAGUCUGAUUGUGUCGAGCCGGCUAAGGGCAAACUGAAGAUGCGUUUGCUAAGGCGGUUGGAAAAAACCGGGACAUUAAAAGUCAAUUUCGAUCCCCAACUCGUUCGCCUUUUACGAGAAGUGCGAUAUUUCCUUCUAUUCGGUUUGGAGGUGCCUGAGGCUGCACUGGAGAUGUAUCAGCACGCAGACACAUUCCGGGAGUGGACAGGGCGACUGGAUGUAGUAGUGCAGAAAUAUAACUCAGUUUUAACGGAGCUAUUACCGGUAGAAGAGCCUAUGUUUGCUGAUAGAAUUCAAAAAAUGGAUACAACGUUAUCACCGGGCUUAGUGGAUUUGCGAUGGAAUAGUGCAGAAAAAAUUCCGGAUUUUAUUACUCACGCUGAAGUCGUGGUUGGCGAUGUUGCUGCGGUUGUUGAUGUAGUGAAGAUUAAUUUGCGAAAAAUAUCUACGCUACUUGCGAGGUGGUGUGAAGGGCCUCUAUUGGAGAGGAAAGCGAAGCCUAUGUCGGCUGAAGAUUUCGAUAGCAUUCAUAAGGCGUCGGUUGGGGUGAAGUUACAUAUGAUGACUGAGGACGGCAAGGAAAUACACAAGCUGGUUAAAGACAGCUCAGAAGCUCUCAAGAUUUCGAAAACUGCCGAAACGUGGAGAAGUUAUGUUGAUUUCGUGAAUAAUAUAGUCAUUGAAGGCUUGGUGUCGUCGAUCGCGGUAUCAUUGCAAUACUUAUGCGAAAUUUUGGAUCCUCUUAUUAUCGCGAAAAACGAAAUGCAACCACUUUUUGAUGUGAAAAUAGAACUACAAGAUUCGGAGGUUGUUUUUGAGCCCGCGUUUACGCGGAGUGAAAAAUUCCACGGCUCGCUGUGUUUAAGAGGCGUCAUCGACGGAUGGGUUAAAGACUUUUUCGCGGUUGGUACGGUAUUGCCAAGAUUGGAUACAGGAACUGGAGACUACCUGAACGAGCUGAAAGAGCAUUUCCAAAUGCAGUGUUUGUUGGCUUUGGUUAGCGAACUCAUUGAUAAUACGGAAUUGAAAUGUCUAGAAUAUAGGCAGAAAUUUUUGGAGCACUCAUUUUUGUGGUUGGACUCCAUUGAGGAAUCUUUUGGGAAUUUCCUGGCCGACGGAGCGAAGCAAUUGGUGGAGAAUUUUGAAGAGGAAGGGGUUUCGUUCAAUGAGAUUAUGAAGAUGAUUGGCGUCGACUUGGGAAUGCCAAUUCCGCCCAUGGAAAAAUUCGACGCGGCUGUUACGAAAUUCCGACAUAUGAAAGAAACUAUAAGCAAUUUGAAAACGCCCGUGGAUAUUCAUUGGUUGCGGGUGAAUAUUCAGCCGGUGAAAAUUCACUUGGUGCAGUUUACGGGGAAAUGGGAAUUGACGUAUACAACUUUUUUGAAAGAAUUUUGUGAAGGAAGAAUUGCAUCCUUAUGCGAAUUUAUACAUAAAGUUGACGAUGGUUUGACACAGAAUAGCCCAGCUGACGAUCCAGAGAAUGAGAAUUUGCUAUAUGCGACCAUGACGCACAUAAGGGAUGUGAAAUUGGCGAUGGAGGCGAUAAAGUUGUUGUUCAAUCCUAUUCGAGAACAAGUUAUUACUCUGAAGAGACAUGGAGUAGUUUUACAGGAAGAAAAAUUGCAGGAGUUAGAUUUGGCACCAGCGCGGUGGGAAGAAGUGGUCCGAGCUGCGUUCGAUGAGAAGGAAAAGAUUUUACCUUUGCAAAGUGCGGAAAUGUUGAAAAUUCGGCGAAAAAUUGAUGAAUUUGCGGGCGAAGUGGCGCAGUAUAGGAGUAAAUUCCUAAGGGAGUGUCCAUUUGAUGCGGAGAAUACUUAUGAGGAAGCCUAUGAAAAAUUGGAUAGGUAUUAUGAAGAAACUAUGGCAAUGGUCGAGAGGGCAAAAGAUUAUAACAAUUUGGAGCUUUUGUUUGAUAUGGCGAUGAGUGGGUACCGCGAAUUGAAAGAUUCCCAGGAGGAUUUGGUAUUGUUGAAAAAUUUAUGGGAUGCGAUUGCGAUGGUGAACUAUACUUUUGAGGAUUGGAAUAGCACGCUAUGGGAUAGGAUCAAUACGGAUGAUUUAUUGAUGCGGGUGAAGGAGCUUGGCGCCCAGGUGAAAGCCAUGCCUAAGGAAAUGCGCGGUUGGAAAUUGUAUGCGUGGUUACAAGAUAUUGUUAAAAAUAUGUCGACGGUAUUGCCGUUGAUUAGCGAUUUGCAUUCUGAUACUAUGCGAGAUCGGCAUUGGAAUCAGCUGAUGGACGUCACGAAAACUACAUUUACGAAAGGGCCGGAGUUUUGUUUUAAAGAUUUGCUGGAUUUAGAAUUAUAUAAAUUUGGUGAUGAUGUUAGCGAAAUUGUGGACCAAAGCGUGAAGGAGUCGAAAAUAGAGAAAAAAUUGGUGACAAUUCGAUCGACAUGGACGAAGUUGACUUUGGAAUUUGAUCGCACUCGAGAGGACUGCCCGUUGCUGAAGGAUCUGGGAGAAGUUGUGGAAAUUUUGGAGGCGCAUUCGUUGGAAAUGAUGGGGAUGGUCUCGCAGGGCAGAUUUAUAGAGUUUUGUCAAGGAGUAGUGGACGAGUGGAGUCUGAAAUUACGCACCGUUGAUUCGGUUCUUACGGUGUGGCAAAAAGUCCAACGAAAUUGGUGCCGACUGGAGCCGAUUUUUAUGCUGUCCGACGAUAUACGAUCGCAGCUGCCUGAGGACAGUAAAAGAUUUGAGGCUUUGGAUGCUGAAUGGAAGGAUCUGAUGCUCGAUGCGUCGCAGCUCUCGAAUGCAGUGGAGAUUUGUUGUGCUGAAGGGCGAGAGGAGGUUUUACAAAGGCUUAAUGAGGCUAUUGAAACCUGCGAGAAGAGCUUAAACGAUUAUCUAGAGCAGAAAAAGAAGGCUUUCCCGAGAUUUUAUUUCGUCGCUAAUCAAGCGUUGUUGGAUAUUUUAUCGAAUGGGAAUAGGCCUUUGAAAGUUGCUGAAUAUCUUGGCGACUGUUUUGAUGGUGUGAAAAGCCUCAACUUCGAAAAAGAUCCUAUAGAUGGGCGAAUAGGAAACGGAAUAAUUUCCAAAGAUAAGGAGUAUGUGCCGUUUUUCGAGGAUGUGAUUUUGGAGGGCGCGGUGGAAACUUAUCUGACGAAUUUGGAAUCGCAUAUUCGAUGUACGUUACGCGAUAUUUUGGAUAACGCUCGAGCGGCUGCGGAAAAUUGGGAGGUUGACAAACCUCGGGAAAUAUGGUUACAAGAUUACUGCGCGCAGUUGGCUUUGGUGACUACUCAACUAGUGUGGACAGAGGAAACGGCGAGAGCGUUUGACGAACUGGAGGGCGGAAGUGAAACGGCGAUGAAAGAUUAUAAGAGAGUUUGUGAUGAUCGCAUUGAAAAAUUGAUCAAACAAGUUCAACAACCACUCGAUGCUGAUCUUCGUGCAAAGAUUAUCACUAUUAUCACUAUAGAUGUCCACGCCCGAGAUGUUAUUGAAAAAUUCAUCCAAACUAAAAUUACGGAUCCUACAGCUUUCCAAUGGCAAAGCCAGCUGAGAUUUUAUUGGCAACAUAAACCGGCCGGUGGAAAUCUGGUGUCAUUUACUCCGGAAGAGCUUAAAACGUGCGUGAUUCGAAUAUGUGAUUGGUCAACGAUUUAUCAAUAUGAAUAUGUGGGUAAUUGUGGACGGUUGGUGAUUACGCCGUUAACGGACCGGUGUUACAUAACGUUGACGCAAGCAUUGAAUUUGAUAAUGGGAGGAGCACCAGCUGGGCCGGCGGGUACGGGUAAAACGGAGACGACGAAGGAUUUGGCGAGAGCGAUUGGGUUGGCGGUGAUGGUUUUCAACUGUUCAGAUCAGAUGAGCUAUUUAACGAUGGCACAGAUUUUCAUGGGGCUGAGUCAGACAGGAGCUUGGGGGUGCUUUGAUGAAUUUAAUAGGAUCAGUAUAGAAGUGCUUAGUGUUGUUUCUACACAAGUAAAAACGGUCCUAGAUGCGAUUAAGGAGAAUCUGAAAACGUAUUUGUUUAUGGAUGAGGAUAUUCGGCUGAUACCAACAUGUGGGUUUUUCAUAACGAUGAACCCAGGCUAUGCUGGUCGAACAGAAUUGCCGGAAAAUUUGAAAGCGUUAUUCAGAUCGUGUGCAAUGGUAGUGCCCGAUCUCGUUUUUAUAUGUGAGAACAUGCUGAUGAGUGAAGGGUUCGUGGUUGCAAGAAGUCUGGCGAGGAAAUUCGUUUGUUUAUAUAUGCUAUGUCGGGAAUUGCUGUCUAAGCAAAUGCAUUACGAUUGGGGGCUGCGAGCAGUGAAGUCGUUAUUACGACAAGCGGGGACGCUGAAGAGGGCCGAUCCAGAUAUGGAUGAAUAUCCGAUUUUAAUGAGAGCGUUGAGAGAUUUUAACACACCGAAAAUUGUUACGUCGGAUAUGCCCAUUUUCUUGAGGCUAAUACAAGAUUUAUUCCCUGGGGUGAGCGCUGAAGUGAAGUUAAAUCCGGAAUUUUCGAAAGUAGUUGCGAAAGUUGUUAAGGAAAGAGGACUGCAAGCUGACGAAGGGUUUGUUACGAAAAUUGUGGGUCUUCUGGACAUUUUGGGAGUUCGACAUUGUUGUUUUAUCAUCGGUCCAACCGGCUCUGCGAAAACGGAGGUCUGGAAAUGUUUGUUGGAGUCGUUGAAAGUUAUCGGUGAGGAAGGCGCGUAUGAAGCCCUGAAUCCAAAGGCGAUAACUUCUGAUGAGCUGUAUGGAAUUAUGACGAAAACUAAGGAGUGGAAGGAUGGCGCGAUUGCUGUUAUAAUGAGGAAUAUGAGUAAGGAAAUUAACGGCUAUAAAAGUUUGCACAAGCAUAAGUGGGUUGUUCUUGAUGGGGAUAUCGACGCGACAUGGAUUGAAUCUAUGAACACGGUCAUGGAUGAUAAUAAGGUACUCACCCUCGUUUCGAACGAACGUAUUCCCUUUACCAACACUAUGCGUAUGCUACUAGAAAUCCAAGAUAUGAAGUGCGCCUCCCCAGCGACUGUCUCACGCGGUGGAGUGCUCUUUAUCAACGAAUCUGAUGUCGGCUGGAAACCCUAUAUUGAAUCUUGGAGGGAAAAAAUGGACCCGGUGGCACAAAGUACAUUCUAUUUACUCUUCAGCAGCUAUUUCGAGGCGAAUAUAGAUACAAUUCGGCGACAAUAUGCAUUUUCCUGCCCAAUUUUGGACAUGGGUUUCGUUCAAGCGAUUUGUGCUAUUAUUGACGCUUUGUUAAACAACAACACUAAGGAGGCUACGGAGGCGUUGAAAGCCGCGAAUUCUGAAGAGCAAAAGCUGAUUUACGAAGCGUAUUUUGUAUUUGCGAUGAUGUGGAGUGUGGGAGGUGCGGUAGCUGAUGAUAAAAUUACAAAUCACCGUAAAAGUUUCAACAGUUGGAUGAGAAACACAAGUAAAAUAAAAUUCCCAGAAGCGGGUGAAGCGAUGGACUAUCGAUACGAUACUGUUAAUCAGUGUUGGAAACAUUGGGAAGAAUUCGUAACACCAUAUGAACCCGUCACCGAGAGGAUGUAUCAAUCGAUUGUGGUAUCAAAUACUGAGAUAGAGCGAUUGAAAUAUAUAUUGUCGCUUUGCAUGAAGCGGGCAAAACCGGUGCUGUUUUGUGGAGUCGCAGGUACGGGGAAAACAACUAUAGUGAAAGACUUCCUAUCGGAAUUGGGAGAAGAAAUGCUGAGUGCUUCGUUAAAUCUGAACAGCUAUACUGAUAGUUUUUCACUGCAAUUGAUUUUGGAAAGCUAUCUCGAUAAAAGAACCGGCCGUACGUUUGGUCCCCCGGGAAAUCGAAAAUGUGUUUAUUUUAUCGACGACUUGAAUAUGCCAUAUGUGGACGAGUAUGACACUCAGAGUGCUAUAAUGCUUUUAACGCAGCUCAUAUCAUACGGAACGCUAUUUGAUCGAUUUCAUCUUGAAGAAAAAAAGGAUAUUGUUGAUAUUCAAUAUUGUGCUUGUAUGAAUCCGAAGGCUGGCAGUUUUAUGGUAAACGCGCGGUUGCAAAGGCACUUUACGGUUUUGACGACAUUCGCGCCGACGGGUGAUUUGAUAACGCAAAUUUACUCGCAAAUUUUGGGAUACCAUUUGCAGCAGUUUGAGAGCGGGGUGAGAAAUUUACAAGAAAAUAUUGUAAAUGCAACGACGGAGGUUUUGAGUCAAAUUUUGGCUCAGCCGUCGUUUUUACCAUCGGCGAAAAAAUUCCAUUAUCAAUUCAAUCUGAAGGAUAUUUCGAAUGUUUUCCAAUCCCUGCUGAAUACCACCCCAGGGCUGUUUCGGGGCAGUCCGAUGAAAUAUCUGCGAGUAUGGCUGCAUGAGUGCAGGAGAGUCUUCAGCGAUCGUUUGGUUAGUGAAAGCGAUAUGAAGGAAAUGGAAAUGAUUUUCGAGCAGUCUGCGAAAAAACAUUUUGGUGGAAUUUCGAUGGAAGAGUUAUUCGGCGAAAAUUUGAUAUUUACGUCGUUUGUUUCGGUGCACGGUGGCAACGACAAGCAGUAUAUGGCAAUACGCGAUCAAGAGCAGCUGAAUGAAGUUUUGACAGAAAAACUGGCAGAGUAUAACGAGACUUUUGCCGAGAUGAACUUGGUGCUAUUUGAGGACGCCAUGGCUCAUGUGUGCAGAAUUUCGCGGAUCAUAGAUCUGCCCUGCGGAAACGCAUUACUCGUCGGUGUGGGAGGAUCUGGGAAGCAGUCGCUGUCGCGGCUCGCGUGCUUCGUAACGCAAACAGAUGUUGUUACGAUUCUCGUGAAUAUGUCCUAUGGAACGGCUGAUUUGAAAUUGGAUCUGCAAGAAAUGUAUAAAAAGGCGGCGGUGAAACCAGGGACUCCACAUGCGUUUUUGUUAACGGAUGGGCAAAUUGCCGACGAGAAAUUUUUGGUAUAUAUUAACGAUAUGUUGGCGACGGGGAAUAUACCAGAUCUAUUCACGAGAGAGGAGUAUGAUGCGCUUCUGGGAGCAGUGAGGAAUCAGGCUAAAGCUGCUGGGUACCCAGACGAACGAUCGUCACUAUUCCAAUUCUUCCUGGAUAAGGUUCGAAAAAAUCUACAUCUCAUUUUGUGCCACUCGCCGGUUGGUGACACUUUCCGAAUUCGCGGGAGAAAAUUCCCAGCGUUGAUUUCGUGCAUGACCGUUGAUGAGUUUCACCCUUGGCCGCGUGCAGCGCUGACAUUUGUGGCAUCGAGAUUUUUACAAGAAAUUUCGCUACCCGAAGAAUCACUUUAUGAAAAACUCGCCUCUAACAUGGCUGAGGUGCAUUUAUCAAUUGAUGUUGCAAAUGCGAAGUAUUUGGCAGUUGAAAGACGAUAUAACUAUACCACACCGAAAAGCUUUCUAGAGCUGAUCGCGUUUUAUAAACAAUUGUUGGAAAAAAAGCGAUCGAAGGUUGAAAUUAAUAUAGAGCGAUUGGAAAAAGGUUUGACGAUUAUGGAGCAAGUGAAGGCUAAGGUGGAGGGCCUGAAGGAAGAUUUGAAGGUGAAGAUGGUACAAGUAGAAGAGAAAAAAGCGGCAACAAAUGUGCUGAUUGACGAAGUUACUGUAGCUUCGGAAAAAGCAGCAACAGAAAAAGCGGUCGCUGAUGAGGAAGCGACUAAGACAAACGCACUUGCCGAGGAAGCGAGUAAAAUUAAGGCGCAAGCAGAUGGUGAACUAGCGGAGGCGAUGCCGGCUAUGGAGGCGGCGAAGGAGGCGGUAGACUGUCUCACGAAACCGGCAAUUACGGAGCUGAAAGCGUUGGGAAAGCCACCGCCGGAUUGUGUGGAGGUGACGAAGGCGGUUAUGAUUUUAUUGAGAAAUGAAAGAAAAAAUUUGGAUUGGAAAGCCGCGCAGAAAAUGAUGAAUAAUCCACAAGCGUUUUUGGAGGAGGUUAUGUCGUUUAACGCGAAUGAAAUUCCCGAUUGGGUGCUGGACAUGAUAGACCCGAUUUUGCAAAAGGAAUUUUUCAACUAUAAUUCUAUGAAAUCGAAAUCAACGGCAGCAGCGUAUCUGUGCAACUGGGUUGUGAAUAUCGUUAAUGGCGCCGCUGAUGAAAAAGUGGCGGAGUCUACUAAGCAGAAGGAAGAUGCGGAGGCGGCGUUGGUGGUUGUUUUAGCACGGGUUAAAACGGUGGAGGAAAAAGUGGCGAAAUUGGAGAAAACGUUGAGUGACGCGGUGAGGGAGAAAGAACAAACGGAAGCUGAGGCGAAUGCGUGUCUGGCAAAAUUGGAGUUGGCUCAGCGCCUGGUGGACGGGCUCGCCGAUGAAUACGCGAGAUGGACGCAAACGGUGAAGGAGUUGAAGGAAAAAAGUUUGACAUUGAUUGGGGAUUCUAUGUUGGCGUCAGCGUUUGUUGGGUAUAUCAGUCCGUUUUCGGCUGCUUUCCGAUUGGAUUUGUGGAGCAACGUUUGGAGUGAUGAUAUCAAAGCCAAAGGAAUUCCCUUUACUGAGGGAAUUGAUCCCCUCCAUGUGUUGGCGUCUGAGGCUGAUAUUGCACUAUGGAAAAACGAGGGUUUGCCGGCUGAUAGAAUUUCAGUGGAAAAUGCAGCAGUGGUGACAAGUUGUGCGAGAUGGCCGUUGCUCAUCGAUCCGCAAUUGCAGGGUGUGAAGUGGAUCAAACAGCGUUUUGGCGAGGAGAUGACUGCUAUUCAACUGACCCAACCGAAUUGGCUUCAAAAAGUUCUCUUCUGCGUUUCUAUGGGAGGACAACUUUUGAUUGAAGCGGUAGGGGAAGAAAUAGAUGCAAUAUUAGAACCGCUUCUCGCGAGGCAAGUUUCCCGAAGGGGUCGAAGCGCAUUCGUCAUUAAAAUUGGAGGAGAGGAGAUUGACUACGACCAGAAAUUCCAACUAAUUUUGCAGAGCAAGUUGCCGAACCCUCACUAUAGACCGGAAAUUGCAGCUCAGUGUACUAUCAUUAACUUCAUCGUCACACCGGAGGGGUUGGAAGAUCAAAUUCUAGCGAUGGUGGUUAACGUGGAGAAACCUGAAUUGGAACAACAAAAACAAGAAUUGUAUAAUAGAAUUUAUGUUAAAGUGGCGCCGCUGAUGGAAAAAGUGGCGGAGUCUACUAAGCAGAAGGAAGAUGCGGAGGCGGCGUUGGUGGUUGUUUUAGCACGGGUAAAAACGGUGGAGGAAAAAGUGGCAAAAUUGGAGAAAACGUUGAGUGACGCGGUGAGGGAAAAGGAGCAAACGGAAGCUGAGGCGAAUGCGUGUCUGGCAAAAUUGGAGUUAGCUCAGCGCCUGGUGGACGGGCUCGCCGACGAAUACGCGAGAUGGACGCAAACGGUGAAGGAAUUGAAAGAAAAAAGCUUGACAUUGAUUGGGGAUUCUAUGUUGGCGUCAGCGUUUGUUGGGUAUAUAAGUCCGUUUUCGGCUGCUUUCCGAUUGGAUUUGUGGAGUAACGUUUGGAGUGAUGAUAUCAAAGCCAAAGGAAUUCCCUUCACCGAGGGAAUUGAUCCUCUCCAUGUGUUGGCGUCUGAGGCUGAUAUUGCACUAUGGAAAAACGAGGGUUUACCGGCUGAUAGAAUUUCAGUGGAGAAUGCAGCAGUGGUGACAAGUUGUGCGAGAUGGCCGUUGCUCAUCGAUCCGCAAUUACAGGGUGUGAAGUGGAUCAAACAGCGUUUUGGCGAGGAGAUGACUGCGAUUCAACUGACCCAACCGAACUGGCUUCAAAAAGUUCUCUUCUGCGUUUCUAUGGGAGGACAACUUUUGAUUGAAGCCGUAGGGGAAGAAAUAGAUGCAAUAUUAGAACCGCUUCUCGCGAGGCAAGUUUCCCGAAGGGGUCGAAGCGCAUUCGUCAUCAAAAUUGGAGGGGAGGAGAUCGACUACGAUCAGAAAUUCCAACUGAUUCUGCAGAGCAAGUUGCCGAACCCUCACUAUAGACCGGAAAUUGCAGCUCAGUGUACUAUCAUUAACUUCAUUGUCACGCCGGAGGGGUUGGAAGAUCAAAUUUUAGCUAUGGUGGUUAACGUGGAAAAACCUGAAUUGGAGCAACAGAAACAAGAAUUGGUACGGAAACAGAACGAAUUCAAAGUAACUCUGGCGAAAUUAGAAGAUGAUCUUCUGGCGCAACUAGCCGCUGCGGACCCCGCGACGAUUUUGGAUAACGUCGCGCUGAUCGAGGGCUUAGAAGUUACCAAGAAAACGGCGAAUGAGAUCAACGAACAGGUUAAAUUGGCGAACGAAACGGAAGUGCAAAUCAACGAGUCGCGCGAGCAGUAUCGUCCCGUCAGCGCGGAGGGUUCGAUGUUGUUCUUUUUGAUAAUACAAUUGUGUUUCAUCGAACAUAUGUAUCAAUAUUCUCUGGACAGUUUCGUGUCGUUCUUGUAUAGAGCGAUUGAGCGAACACCAGCGUCGGAGGAUGUGACGGAGCGAUGCGGAUCGUUGAUUUUCACGAUAAGACUUACGAUUUUCCGCUGGGUGAAUCGCGGGCUAUUCGAAAGGCAUAAACUUAUUUUCUGCGCAUUAUUGACGUUUAAACUACUCCAAAGGGGCUUACUGAGCGAGACGUAUAAUGCGGGACAAUAUCAGUUCUUGUUAAGAGGACCAAUACGGACAGAUGUGGAAAACCCUAUCGCGGACUGGCUGCCGAACGCAAACUGGUAUGCAGUACAGAAACUGAUAGAACAGGAAGGAUUCGAAUCAUUUGCGCAGAAUAUGGAAAAGGAUGCUCCCAAUCGAUUCAAAGAAUGGUUUAACGAGCUCGCCCCGGAGGACCAAAAAUUACCACUAGAUUGGAAAAAGCUCGACAAUCAACCUCUGCAGAAAAUGCUGGUUUUGAGAUGUUUGCGACCUGAUAGAAUGACAAUAAUGAUGGGUAAUUGGAUCCGCAAGGCGUUACCGCACGGACGUGAAUAUAUGGACUGUGAUGGUAGCAGCAGUUUUUACGAAGUUUUGUCCAACAGUUUUGAGGACUCUUCGAAUUUAACACCGAUUUUCUUCAUUUUGUCACCUGGCGCUGACCCUGUGAAAGAAGUAGAAGCACUCGGGAGGAAGACGAUACAGUUGCAAAUUAAUGUGAAUUACCACAACGUUGCGAUGGGGCAAGGCCAGGAUGUUGUUGCUAUGGCGAAGUUGGAUUUGGGGCAUAAAGAAGGGCAUUGGAUUAUGUUGCAAAAUAUUCAUCUGAUGCCCAAAUGGUGUACAGAAUUGGAGAAAAAAUUGGACAAUUUCGCGAUCGAGGGAUCUCAUCCGAGUUUCCGCUGUUUUUUAAGCGCGGAUCCUUCCAAUGGAAUUCCGAUAGGAAUUUUGGAGCGAUCGAUUAAGUUGACGAAUGAGCCUCCCCAAGGACUUCUGGCAAAUCUUCGCCGUGCGUUCGCGUUCUUCAACAAGGAAGAUUUUGAGGAGCGCGAUUCCCGAGUGAAGAGUAUUUUAUUCGGACUUUGUCACUUCCAUGGUGUUAUGCUGGAGAGGAAGAAAUUCGGACCGUUGGGAUAUAACAUGAUGUACCCGUUUUCGAUCGGUGAUUUGAGGGAUUCCGCGAGCGUAUUAUAUAACUAUCUAGAGAAUGCUGCCUCAGUCAAAGUGCCUUGGGACGAUUUACGAUAUAUUUUCGGCGAGAUCAUGUAUGGUGGACAUAUUGUGGACGAUUGGGACAGAAAACUGUGUCGAACAUAUUUGGAGUUUUUCAUGCAUGAUGAAUUGCUCGACGAAACUGAACUGGUGCCUUUCACAGAUCCUACUAAGCUCACUUUCUUAUCACCAGCGCCCAGUUCUCACGAGAAGUAUCUGGAACAUAUCGAACUGAUGCCGGGAGAAACUCCUCAGUUUUUCGGACUGCAUCCGAAUGCUGAAAUAGGAUUCCGAAGCGCGCAAUCGAAUACGUUAUUCCAAACGCUCUUGAAUUUGGACGCUCGCUCGGGCGGAUCUGGUGGAACAGAUGAAGAAGCGGGCGAAGUGAGUUUUUGUAGCGAUGGAUUAUCUAAAUGUUGUAAUUUACGAGUAAUGGAGUUUCACCUACGAUAUGAGAAUACUAGUCCUUAUCAGUAUGUGUUCUUGCAGGAGUGCAGUUAUAUGAACGAACUCAUUUUCGAGAUGGUUAGGUCUUUGGAAGAACUACAAUUAGGAUUCAAGGGCGAGUUGACUAUGUCGGAAACUAUGGAAAAUUUGACUGAUGCCCUCAUAUUGGAAAUUAUUCCACCGCGUUGGGCUAAAUUGGCUUUCCCGAGUACGAGACCUUUACGUUCGUGGUUGACAAAUUUGAAAGAAAGGUGUGCGCAAUUAGAGGAGUGGACGAAUGAUCCGGCGUCUGUCCCGAAGGUCGUAGACGUAUCCAAGUUCUUCAACCCGCAGUCGUUUUUGACUGCGAUUAAGCAACUGUGUUGUCAACAGCAAAUGUUAGAGUUGGACAAACUGAUGGUAUUCACGGAAGUGACCAAGAAAGAAAAAUCUCAGAUUGAGAGCUUCAGUCGAGAAGGAGCUUAUGUGACAGGAAUGUUCCUCGAAGGUGCGCGUUGGGAUAUCAACGGGAAUUGCUUGGAUGAGUCCAAGCCAAAAGAAAUGUUCUGUAAAAUGCCAGUGAUCAACUGCAAGGCUGGUUUGGCUGAUGAGACCGGAAAAGGGGAGAAAGGAAUGUAUAUAUGCCCAAUCUACUGUACCCCGCAAAGAAGACCAUAUUUCGUUUUCGCUGCGCAAUUGCGUACGAAACACAACCCAGCUAAAUGGGUGCUCGCGGGUGUAGCUAUGAUUCUCGAUAUCGGUGUAGCCGUCUGA